CGACGUGCCCAUGCGUCAGGGGGACUUCGUUUGAGAGGCGCCAGAAAAGAGCGCGCCUCGUCGCCGGCAGCCUCACUCUGCGCGCACCUCGGCCUCCUCGACGCGACCCUCCACCCACGAUAUGGCGAUGUUGGUCGCCCUGCUGGCGGUGUGCGUCGCCCUGCUGCUGCUGUCGGCCGAGGCCCGCGCCGCGCUCCGACGCGCCGUCAAGGGCGCCGCCACGGUGGCCCGCGUCGUCUACCUGACCCGCGGCGUGCCGAGCCCGCCGUCGCUGCCGCUCGUGGGCUGCGUGCCGACGCUGUUCGCGCUCUUCAGGGACCCGCGAGCGGCGCUCACCGACCUCAUCGACAAGUACGGCAAGACGGUGCGCCUGCACCUCGUCAACCGCGUGCUUAUCGUGGCGAUGGACCCCGACGACGUGCAGGCCGUAUGCACGCACCCGGCGCUGGCCAGCAAGCCCGAGCUGUACGCCGACCUGCUGGGCCCGCACAUGGGCGUCGGGCUGGUCAACAUCAACGGGCCGACGCACCGCCGGCACCGCAAGGCCAUCACGCCGUCGCUGCACUUCGACAUCCUCUCCGACUUCGUGCCCAUCUUCGUGCGCAACAGCGAGAUCCUGGUGGCGCGCCUGGCCGAGCGCGCCGACGGCGACAGCUUCGACAUCCAGGCCGAGUUCGGCCGGCUCACGAGUACCACCUUCAUCCAGACGGUCCUGUCCUCCCGCGAGGCCACGGCCGCCGACAUCGGCAAGGACUCCGCCGUGCUCUACGAAGCCAGCCACCUCAUGAUGUGGAGGGCGAUGCGGCCGUGGUGGUACCACGAUACCGUCUUCAAGCUGUUCAGCGACCAGGCCGAGCCCUUCUUCCGGACGUCCGAGACCAUGAACCGGAUGGUGUCGCGGGUGCUGACCGACAAGACGGCCGAGGUGGCGCGCGGGGAGGCGCCGCCGCCCCGGCGCCGCAUGUCGUUCCUAGACCACGUCCUGCGCUCCAAGGAGGGCGGGCUGCUCUCGAGCGACGAGCUGCGCGAGGAGCUCAAGACGUUCCUCUUCGUGGGCGCCUCCACCUCCAUGGACUACCUGUCGCUGAUGGCCUACAUCCUGUCCUACUUCCCGGACGUGCAGCGCAAGGUGCAAGAGGAGCUGGACGGGGUGUUCGGACGGCCCGGGACGGCGGGCGCGGACCGGCCCCUCGUCGCCGACGACCUGCCGCACCUCGAGUACACCGAGCGGGUGCUGCGCGAGGUGCUCCGCUACGCGCCGCCCAUCCCCAUCAUCUUCCGGGUCGCGUCCGAGGACAUGACGCUGCCGACGGGCACCUUCGUGCCCGAGGGCUGCUUCGUCGGCGUGGUGCCGGCGGGCACGCACCGCCUCCAGGAGCACUUCGACGAGCCGUGGGCCUUCGACCCGGACCGCUUCCUGCCCGAGCGCACCCGCGGCCGCCACCCCUACGCCUACGUGCCGUUCAGCGCGGGCGCCCGCAACUGCAUCGGCCUGCGCUACGCGCUCAUGCUCGCCAAGACCGUCACGGCCAGCGUGCUGCGCCGCUUCACGAUCCUCCGGGCGGCAGACAGCCCCGAGACCCUCGAGGACGUCAAGUUCGACUUCAGUCUGACCAUGAGCGUCCGCGGCCGCGCCAACGUCCGCCUGCAGAGCAGGCUCGUGGCCGCCGCGUAGCGAAACAAAUAAUAAACAAAUCGACAUUCGGAAAAUGGUUUCCGUCAAUAUGAUGGAA